GUAUGCAUCUCGUGAACAUAUGUCAGAGUCAAGAUAUUCACAGAAAUGUCUGCGGUGGCAGAAAGUGAACCACUUGUUGAUGUCCAGUUAUUAACGAGGAUCGCCUCCAUUGAGACCAAGAUGAGGAGGGUAUGCGAUUUAAUACCCCUAUCGAGCUGGGGCUUCAGCUCUGAUGUGCAGGAGAAGUUAAGACAGCGAAAGCAUCGCAUAGUGAAUCAGCAGCUCACACCUAAGGAAAGAAAGCAAUUGACCAAUAGUAGGAAACAACAGGUAGCCCGAACCGUGGGUGGGGUUUGUAAACGUGUUUCUGAAGUUAUUGAUCUUCUUGGAGCUAGCUCUACGAAGGACGUGCAACCGAAAAAGGCAAGUCUUCCUUCGGAGCCUAAAGGGAAAGUGAGCGAAAAUGGUAAUGGCGAACAAGCGAAAAAACCGAAGGAAUCCGUGAAAAAAACUGCUGAUUCGAGAGAAAGCGAUAGUGACAGUGAUGAUUCUGACGAGAACAUUGCUCCCACUGCUCUCCCAAAGGCUUCUACAAGGGCUCCUGAAUCAGAUCAGAAGAUAGAAAGUCCAUCAACAGUGGUUGCAAAGCACGUCUCUGACACUGAUUCUACUGACGAAGAGGAAGAAGAAGCAAAAACAAAGAAGUCGAAGCCUUUGAAACGUCCUAUGGCAAACGCAGAGGAUGUCGAAGCGAAAAAGCCCAAACUCAGCACUGAACCGGUGCAUUGUGUAAGUAAGGACCAGUCUCUGGAUGUUCUGGAGCAAAGAGAAAUGGCCAUACGGAAAUUACAAGAAAAACUCAAGGCCAUGAAAGCAAGUCGCCAAGGCAAGAAAAAGGCAACGGCUGAUCCGAUGGCAGCAAUGAAAUUCGAGCAGGAGAGAAAGUUGAAGCGUCGCAUGAGCAAAAUGAAAAUGAAGCAAAGAAGAUCGGAAGAAAAGCGUGAAAAGGUGGAUGUAAAGGCAGAAACCAAGAAGGAUAAGGUCGAAACGAAAGACGAACCAGUUUCAUUCUCGAAGUUUGAUUUUCUUAUCAAGGCAGAUGGCAAGAAGAAGAGGCUUACUACGUCAGAGAAGAAGCAGAAGUUUACGGGGAAAGAUUAUAAGUCACUCAUAAAUAAGGUCGAGAAGCGAGAGGAGAAGCUCGAAAAGCUGCGCGAGAAAGAACCGGAGCGUGCUGUUGAGGUCGAAGAGGACAUAAAAUGGAACCGAGCUGUAAAAAAAGCACAAGGGGUUAAAGUCAAGGAUAACAUAGACCUACUGAAGAAAGGCUUGAAGCGAAAGGAAAAAAUGAAAGAAAAGAGAAAGGAACAGUGGUCAAAUAGAGAGAAGAACGUGGAAAGAGAAAAAGCAAAGAAACAAGAAAAACGCAGAGAGAAUUUACAAAAGCGGAUAGACGAUAAGAAGAAGAAUAAAUUGAAAGUAAUCGUAGUAGAACAUUUUCACAAUCAUCUCCAUGAGAUAAGGUUUGGUGAAUUGUUCGUCUGUAGACUACCUGCAAUCAAAGUCGUUCCCACGGCCAUCCUUUUUUGUGGUAAUUGUUCACUACUUUUCUGCAUGGUCUUUACUGACUUAUGCAUGCAUAAGAAAUGUGAGCAGAUGGAAUCAGAUAUGACCGCUGUCAUUCUCCUCACAAGUGCAACUGCAAAGCAAUUUCCGGUUGUCAGAGGCAAAUCACAGCGAAGAGAGGGUCCUGAUUUGGCCUGCUGA